AUGGCGGAACGGAAAAAAAGGAAGUUGCGCCUGAACCACGAAUUAGCUUCCUCCAAUACCAGACUCUUGAAUUUCGAUAACGGCAAUGCUCUCCUCAGCCUGAACCAACCCAUCUACUUGGAUAGACAGCUAAAGCCCAAUAAAACAAAGCUCCGACGUGUUCAAGUGACUGAAGCACAGCCCGAAUUGGCUCAAAGGGAGCCUCCUAAGUUUCGGGAUUUGGAUUUGCCGCAUAGAAGGCACCGCAAUACCGUCGAUCCUUUGGCAGAUGAGGUCUACGAACCUUUUCAUCGUAGGAUGAAGAAAGACGAGAGGUCGGUCACUUUGGCAGACAGGAGCAAGCUCCACUUCGACGUCGAUAACCUACGAGGACAGUUGACUCUUUUGAACCAGCACGAUUGGAUUAAACAUGUGCCUACGAUGGUAUCGCUAAAUGAUCGAAACGACUACGAGGAGCUUUCCAGGAAAAGAGUUCUUGCCAGAAGGGAAAUCCUAAAAAAUCUUGAGAAAUUCCAAGACUGGGAGGCUCGCACAACCGCCCAUACUUUGGCGGUGAAAAACUACUUAAAAGGAAAUAUCGGCCUUGGAGAUGAGGAUGACUCAAACGGCCUUAUUUUGGACCGAUCACUAGAUAGAUUAGCUAAGGAAAGGGCAGCUCUAAGGAUUGCUCAACACGGUACGCCGGUCCGUAUCGUCUUGAGAAAUGGCUUUGACUUGUUGGCAAUGCCUCACAGAAAGCCUCGGAUCGUACUUACUGGUACCUCAUAA